GAGCCGCGGAGCCUGCCGCAGCCUGCGUGGGCGGCCGCGAGCCCGGCGAGGCACAGGAGCGGGAGCCCGAGCAGCCAGGGCAGGAUGGAGCUGUCCGCGGCUCUGCUGCCCCUCGCCUCCAAUGACAGCAACGCCUCCGAGCCCGGCGGCGGCAACCUCACUUCUGGCUUUUCGCCGCCACGCCUGUGGCGAGUUUCCUAUGUCAACAUCAUCAUGCCUUCUGUGUUCGGUAUCAUCUGCUUGUUGGGUAUCGUGGGGAAUUCCAUGGUCAUCUUCACUGUGGUGAAGAAGUCCAAGUUCCACGGGUGCAACAACGUCCCCGACAUCUUCAUCAUCAACCUGUCUGUGGUAGACCUGCUCUUUCUCUUGGGCAUGCCCUUCAUGAUCCAUCAGCUGAUGGGCAACGGGGUCUGGCAUUUUGGAGAAACCAUGUGCACCCUCAUCACUGCCAUGGACGCCAACAGCCAGUUCACCAGCACCUAUAUCCUCACGGCGAUGGCCAUCGAUCGCUACCUGGCCACGGUCCACCCCAUCUCCUCGACCAAGUUCAGGAAGCCCUCCGUGGCCACCUUGGUGAUCGGGCUCCUCUGGGCGCUUUCCUUCAUCAGCAUCACCCCGGUGUGGCUCUACGCCAGGCUCAUCCCCUUCCCGGGAGACACCGUUGGCUGCGGCAUUCGCCUGCCCAACCCAGAGACCGACCUGUACUGGUUCACCCUCUACCAGUUCUUCCUGGCCUUCGCCCUGCCCUUCGUGGUCAUCACGGUGGCCUAUGCGCGGAUUCUCCAGCGGAUGACCUCUUCGGUGGCCCCGGCUUCCCAGCGCAGCAUCCGGCUGCGGACCAAGAGGGUGACGCGCACGGCCAUCGCCAUCUGUCUGGUCUUCUUCGUCUGCUGGGCGCCCUACUAUGUGCUGCAGCUGACCCAGCUCUCCAUCAGCCGCCCCACCCUGGCCUUCAUCUACCUCUACAACGCAGCCAUCAGCCUGGGCUACGCCAACAGUUGCCUCAACCCCUUUGUCUACAUCGUCCUCUGCGAGACCUUCCGCAAACGCCUGGUGCUCUCGGUCAAACCGGCCGCCGCGGGGCAGCUCCGGACGGUCAGCACUGCCCCGACCGCGGAGGAGAUGACCGAAACCAAAAGCGCCUGACGCUCCCGCUGUGCUCCGGGGAGCACCGACCGGCUAACGGGGGCCGGCCCGGAGGAGGCUUGUGGGUACGGGAGCUGGUUAAAGCUGGGCUCGGGGGAGACAGAGUCUGACUGAGAAGGACAGAAAGCACUGGGAUGACUAAGGAGAAAUACCUCCUAGUCACAGCUCCUUAAGCUGCACGUAGACGGUUGGCUUUGUCACCCACCGUUUCCCCAAGGAGCAGCCCUAGAGCUUAAGAGCUGGAGGAGCAGGAGUCAGAGCAGGCUGGGGGAGUUCUGGGAGGGGGCUGAGCCAAUGACCCCAGAGAUCUUCCUCAUUUCUCCUUUGCAUGAAAAACCGAACCAGUUUUUCUCCUGAGCUGGUGGGUGAAGAGAAACAGAGCAAACCACUUUUUCCACUUUCUCAGCACCCCAACAUCAUCAAGCUCCUCUUCUUGGGAAACGCAUGCUUUGGGGUGAGGGGACUAUAAAUCCACUGUUGUCCCCCGUACCUGAAAUAGACCCUCCUUCCUUUCCCUAUUGGCCAGGGCAGAUGCCUUCUCUUCCCCUAAUUCUGCCCUUCCCUCCUCCAGGAUUUUCCGGGGUCUCCGCUUUGUCCCUCCGGCCUUUUGUCUUGUAUAAUAUCUAUCCCUGUACCCGUCAAGUUCCCUAUUUGACUAUAAGCACAUUGAGGGCAGGGGUCACAUCACUGUUAGGCUGUGUAUCUCUAUCCCAGAGACCAGGGCUGUAAUAGGUGAUUAAUAAAUGCACAUUGUAUUGAAUUGAAUUGGACAGCCAGUAAGUGCUAAGAAGAACAGGGCAAUGACAAAGGAGUCCUUGAACACCAUCUCUUGGGGGAUGUAGGCUAGGAGAGGGGUUGAGAAAGGAAAUGAAAAGAAGAAAAUUGAAAAAUCCUUUGUAAAUGCCGUGUUUCCUCAUCUGUGUACGCGUCACAUCCCCCAGUAGAGUGGAAGCUCCCUGUGGGCAGGAGCUGUUUACUUUUUGUCUGUGUAUCCUCAGUGCCAAGUGCAGUGUCUGGCAUGCAGAAGGCACUUAAUAAAUGCUUGUUGGACUUCA